AUGUCGGUGCCGCUGCUGAAGAUCGGGGCUGUGCUCAGCACCAUGGCCAUGGUCACCAACUGGAUGUCGCAGACGCUGCCCUCGCUCGUGGGGCUCAACGGGACCGUGUCCCGCGCGGGCACCUCCGAGAGGAUCACGCUGUUCCAAAGUCCCGAGGAUGGCUGGCAGCUUUACACCUCGGCCCAGGCUCCGGACGGGAAGUGUGUGUGCACAGCCGUCAUCCCUGUGCAGAACAGCUGUUCCCGUGAUGGCCGGAGCAGGGAGCUGAGGCAGCUCAUGGAGAAGGUACAAAAUGUCUCCCAGUCCAUGGAAGUCCUUGAGCUCCGGACAUUUCGCGACCUACAGUAUGUGAGGAAUACAGAGUCUCUCAUGCGAAGCUUGGACUCAAGACUCCGGGCAGCUGAUGGGGCCCGAAGCUUAUCAGUCAAGAGUUUCCAGGAACUGAAGGACCGGAUGACGGAGCUGCUACCCCUGAGCUCAGUACUGGAGCAGUACAAGGCAGACACAAGGACGAUUGUGCGCUUGCGAGAGGAAGUGAGGAACCUAUCAGCAAGCCUAGCAGCCAUCCAGGAGGAGAUGGGUGCCUUUGACUAUGAGGAAUUGCAGCAACGUGUGCUGGUGCUUGAGGCCCGGCUCCACGCCUGUGCACAGAAGCUGGGCUGUGGCAAGCUCACUGGAGUCAGCAACCCCAUCACCAUCCGUGCCAUGGGCUCCCGUUUUGGAUCCUGGAUGACAGACACUAUGGCCCCCAGUGCAGACAGUCGUGUGUGGUACAUGGAUGGCUACUACAAGGGACGGCGGGUGCUCGAAUUCCGCACUUUGGGUGACUUUGUAAAGGGACAGAACUUCAUCCAGCAUCUGCUGCCACAACCAUGGGCAGGCACUGGCCACGUGGUCUACAAUGGCUCUCUCUUCUACAACAAAUACCAGAGCAAUGUGGUAGUAAAAUAUCAUUUCCGGUCACGCUCAGUGCUGGUCCAGCGCAGCCUGCCAGGGGCUGGCUACAACAACACCUUCCCCUAUUCCUGGGGUGGCUUCUCUGACAUGGACCUCAUGGUGGAUGAGAGUGGCCUGUGGGCCGUCUACACCACCAACCAGAAUGCGGGCAACAUCGUGGUGAGCCGGCUGGAUCCCCACACCCUCGAGGUCAUGCGGUCCUGGGACACAGGUUACCCCAAGCGCAGUGCAGGUGAGGCCUUCAUGAUCUGUGGCGUUCUCUAUGUGACCAACUCACAUCUGGCUGGGGCCAAGGUCUACUUCGCUUACUUCACCAACACAUCGAGCUAUGAGUACACGGACGUACCCUUCCACAACCAGUAUUCCCACAUCUCCAUGCUGGACUAUAACCCUCGUGAACGCGCCCUCUACACCUGGAACAAUGGUCACCAAGUGCUCUAUAAUGUCACUCUCUUCCAUGUGAUCAGCACAGCUGGAGGCCCUUAGGACCCAGGCUGGGGGGGAGGGGAGCCUCUCUCUGUCGCUGUCUUCCUAUUCUGAUCUGUCUCAAUCUUUUUCUCUCAAUCUGUUUAUCUCUGUGUCUCUAUUUCAAUCUCUCUUUUGCUCUGCCUGUUUCUAUUUCAGUAUCCUUCUAUAUGUCUAUGUCUGUCCCUGGCUCUCUAUAGCUGUGUCUCUGUUUCUUUCUUGGUAAUUCCGGGUGCCUCUCUUGCUCUCUCUAUAUCUAUGCAAGGAUCUGUGGAUUUAGAUAUAGACUAGGGCCUCUGUCUCUCUCUGUCCUUGUCUCCAUCUUCCCGCCAUCCCCUGUCUCACCCUGCCUAGGGGAUCUGCCUAGGGGAUCUGCCCAGGGGAUCUACCUAGGGAUCUGCUGCAUGAAUCUACUUCUUUUUUUUAUUUAUUGCUUUUUUUU